GCUCCGGCAGGUGAAGCGGCGCCGGCCGCCCCCUCUGCGGCAGGUGAAGCGGCUCGGCAGCCCACUCCCCGCCCGCCAUGGUUGCGGGGGUCCCCCGGCCAGCGCCCGCCCCCUCCCUCCAGCCCGCCCCCCUGGGGCUGGGUGCCCGGCGGCGGCGGCGAACUGCGGUUUGCGCGCACGGGGAGCGACAGCAGAAGUUCGAAAAUCGCCGAGGGGGGAGCCAGCGCCGCAGCUUCCUGCCCCCGGCCCAGCCCUCUGGCCCCGGCGGCCUGCAGCCUGACUUCCUCCCCCAACCCUGCAGCUCGCCGCCCGGUCCCACGGACGGGGCCGCCCCGAUGGGACGCCGCGCUCCGGCCCCUGCGCGCCGCUGAGCCGAGCGCCCCCGCCGCCGAGACCCCCGCCGCCGCCGCCAGCCGCUGCCCCCUCGCCCCCGCCCGGGUCGGGAGCCUCGUCCCCGUCCCCCGGAAAGCUGGAUUUCCGAGGCUGGAGGCGCCUGGCCGGCUGGGUGGGGACCACCAUGGGCAACGCGGCCGGCAGCGCCGAGCAGCCCGCGGGCCCCGCCGCGCCGCCCCCCAAGCAGCCCGCGCCUCCCAAGCAGCCGAUGCCCGCGGCCGGAGAGCUGGAGGAGAGGUUCAACCGCGCCCUGAACUGCAUGAACUUGCCCCCGGACAAGGUCCAGCUGCUGAGCCAGUAUGACAACGAGAAGAAGUGGGAGCUCAUCUGUGAUCAGGAGCGGUUUCAAGUCAAGAAUCCCCCCGCAGCCUACAUCCAGAAGCUGAAGAGCUAUGUGGAUACUGGUGGGGUCAGCCGAAAGGUAGCAGCUGAUUGGAUGUCCAACCUGGGGUUUAAGAGGCGAGUUCAGGAGUCCACACAGGUGCUACGGGAGCUGGAGACCUCCCUGAGGACCAACCACAUUGGGUGGGUGCAGGAGUUCCUCAAUGAAGAGAACCGUGGCCUGGAUGUGCUGCUCGAGUACCUGGCCUUUGCCCAGUGCUCUGUCACGUAUGACAUGGAGAGCACAGACAAUGGGGCUUCCAACUCAGAGAAAAACAAGCCCCUGGAGCAGUCUGUGGAAGACCUCAGCAAGGGUCCACCCUCCUCUGUGCCCAAAAGCCGCCACCUGACCAUCAAGUGUCCCCCUUCUCCCCGGCUGACCCCAGCCCACAGCAGGAAGGCCCUGCGGAAUUCCCGCAUCGUCAGCCAGAAGGACGACGUCCACGUCUGUAUUAUGUGCCUACGCGCCAUCAUGAACUACCAGUCUGGCUUCAGCCUUGUCAUGAACCACCCAGCCUGUGUCAAUGAGAUUGCUCUGAGCCUCAACAACAAGAACCCCAGAACCAAGGCUCUGGUGCUGGAGCUGCUGGCGGCCGUGUGCUUGGUGCGGGGAGGACAUGACAUCAUCCUUGCAGCCUUUGACAACUUCAAGGAGGUGUGUGGGGAGCAGCACCGCUUUGAAAAGCUGAUGGAAUAUUUCCGGAAUGAGGACAGCAACAUCGACUUCAUGGUGGCCUGCAUGCAGUUCAUCAACAUUGUGGUACAUUCGGUGGAGAACAUGAACUUCCGUGUCUUCCUGCAAUAUGAGUUCACCCACUUGGGCCUGGACCUGUACUUGGAGAGGCUUCGGCUCACCGAGAGUGACAAGCUGCAGGUGCAGAUCCAGGCGUACCUGGACAAUAUUUUUGAUGUGGGGGCGCUGCUGGAGGACACAGAGACCAAGAACGCUGUGCUGGAGCACAUGGAGGAACUGCAGGAGCAAGUGGCGCUGCUGACAGAGCGGCUUCGGGACGCGGAGAACGAAUCCAUGGCCAAGAUUGCAGAACUGGAAAAACAGCUAAGCCAGGCGCGCAAGGAGUUGGAGACCCUGCGGGAGCGCUUCAGCGAAUCGACCGCCAUGGGCGCCUCCAGGCGUCCCCCAGAGCCUGAGAAAGCGCCUCCCGCUGCCCCGACGCGGCCCUCGGCCCUGGAGCUGAAGGUGGAGGAGCUGGAGGAGAAGGGGUUAAUCCGUAUCCUGCGGGGGCCGGGGGAUGCUGUCUCCAUCGAGAUCCUCCCCGUCGCUGUGGCAACUCCGAGCGGCGGUUAUGCUCCGACUCCGGGGGUGCCGACCGGCUCCCCCAGCCCAGAUCUCGCACCUGCAGCAGAGCCGGCUCCCGGAGCAGCGCCGCCGCCGCCGCCCCCACUGCCCGGCCUCCCCUCCCCGCAGGAAGCCCCGCCCUCUGCGCCCCCACAGGCCCCGCCUCUCCCUGGCAGCCCGGAGCCCCCGCCUGCGCCGCCGCUGCCCGGAGACCUGCCGCCCCCACCCCCGCCACCGCCACCGCCACCACCUCCGGGCACUGACGGGCCGGUGCCGCCGCCGCCGCCGCCGCCGCCUCCCGGAGGUCCUCCUGAUGCCCUAGGAAGACGCGACUCAGAAUUGGGCCCAGGAGUGAAGGCCAAGAAGCCCAUCCAGACUAAGUUCCGAAUGCCACUCUUGAACUGGGUGGCACUGAAACCCAGCCAGAUCACCGGCACUGUCUUCACAGAGCUCAAUGAUGAGAAGGUGCUGCAGGAGCUAGACAUGAGUGAUUUUGAGGAACAGUUCAAGACCAAGUCCCAAGGCCCCAGCCUGGACCUCAGCGCUCUCAAGAGUAAGGCAGCCCAGAAGGCCCCCAGCAAGGCGACACUCAUUGAGGCCAACCGGGCCAAGAACUUGGCCAUCACCCUGCGGAAGGGCAACCUGGGGGCCGAGCGCAUCUGCCAAGCCAUUGAGGCGUACGACCUGCAGGCUCUGGGCCUGGACUUCCUGGAGCUGCUGAUGCGCUUCCUGCCCACAGAGUAUGAGCGCAGCCUCAUCACCCGCUUUGAGCGGGAGCAGCGGCCAAUGGAGGAGCUGUCAGAGGAGGACCGCUUCAUGCUAUGCUUCAGCCGCAUCCCGCGCCUGCCGGAGCGCAUGACCACACUCACCUUCCUGGGCAACUUCCCGGACACAGCCCAGCUGCUCAUGCCGCAACUGAAUGCCAUCAUUGCAGCCUCAAUGUCCAUCAAGUCCUCUGACAAACUCCGCCAGAUCCUGGAGAUUGUCCUGGCCUUUGGCAACUACAUGAACAGUAGCAAGCGUGGGGCAGCCUAUGGCUUCCGGCUCCAGAGCCUGGAUGCGCUGUUGGAGAUGAAGUCGACUGAUCGCAAGCAGACGCUGCUGCACUACCUGGUGAAGGUCAUUGCUGAGAAGUACCCGCAACUCACAGGCUUCCACAGCGACCUGCACUUCCUGGACAAGGCGGGCUCAGUGUCCCUGGACAGUGUCCUGGCGGAUGUGCGCUCCCUGCAGCGAGGCCUAGAGUUGACACAGAGAGAGUUUGUGCGGCAGGAUGACUGCAUGGUGCUCAAGGAGUUCCUGAGGGCCAACUCGCCCACCAUGGACAAGCUGCUGGCAGACAGCAAGACGGCUCAGGAGGCCUUUGAGUCCGUGGUGGAGUACUUCGGAGAGAACCCCAAGACCACAUCCCCAGGCCUGUUCUUCUCCCUCUUUAGCCGCUUCAUUAAGGCCUACAAGAAAGCUGAGCAGGAGGUGGAACAGUGGAAAAAAGAAGCCGCUGCCCAGGAGGCAGGCGCUGAUACCCCGGGCAAAGGGGAGCCCCCAGCACCCAAGUCACCGCCAAAGGCCCGGCGGCCACAGAUGGACCUCAUCUCUGAGCUGAAACGGAGGCAGCAGAAGGAGCCACUCAUUUAUGAGAGCGACCGUGACGGGGCCAUUGAAGACAUCAUCACAGUGAUCAAGACGGUGCCCUUCACGGCCCGCACCGGCAAGCGGACAUCCCGGCUCCUCUGUGAGGCCAGCCUGGGAGAAGAGAUGCCCCUCUAGCCCCUCAGAUCUGCGGAACCAGCCCUACAUCCGCGCAGACACAGGCCGCCGCAGUGCCCGUCGGCGUCCCCCGGGCCCCCCACUGCAGGUCACCUCCGACCUCUCGCUGUAGCCGCUAUUUCUGCAGGUGGAUUCUGCAGGGGUGUGGGGCCGUGGACAGGCUGAGGCUCAAGGAAGGUGGUCCUCAGCUCGGCUGGCCGGGCAGCCCCUCCUCCGCUGUGGCCCGCCUCAAACGGGCUGGUGCAUCCUCCUCUUGGCCACAGAGGGCAGCAUCGCCCGCCCCUUCCCCCAAAUGCUGCUUGCAGCACCCACCCUAAAGCCCCCUCCAAAUAGCCAUACUUAGCCUCAGCAGGAGCCUGGCCUGUAACUUAUAAAGUGCACCUCGCCCCCGCAAGCCCCAGCCCCGAGGACCGUCCAUGGACCUUAUUUUUAUACGAGAUUAAUAAAGAUGUUUGCAAAA